AACAUGAUAACUAUAUUUGCACUUCCUGUCAUGAAGUAGCUCAAAAUCCAGACAUGCGGUGAGCAUGUUGUGCACUAGAUUGUCUUUGGUUCCAUUUGUUUUAAUAAUAUACUAGUAAUAACUUGACAACAUCAUAUUAGGUACCUACUCAAACUGAAGGUACGCGAUGGCACGGCAACAACAACUUUCGUGGUUUUUAACGAGGUAGCAAAGAGACUUUUAGGCAACAUAUCUGCAUCGACCCUAUUAGAGCAGGAGGGAUUAAACAACACGGUACCAGAUGUUAUUCAGAAUCUUUAUGGCAGAACACUCAUAUUCCGACUGAAGUUAAAUUCAAGGAAUCUAGAAGAGUGUAUGGAAAAUUUUAAAGUGAGCUACACUUUUGAAGUUGAUGACAAACUUGAGAUGGAAAAUUCAAAUGAAAUGGCUGAAGAGGGCAUACUAGAAAGGCAAGACACACGAGGUUCUUCAAAUUCUGAUAUGCACAAUUUCCAUAACAAGGUGAACCACUCCUCCAAGAAUGCAACAAAUGAUGAGAAGAAGGAUAUGUGCAGAAAGGAAACCUCAAUAUCAUCCAACAAAAAACAACAACGGAGGACAAAGAUACAGAAGUCUAGCAAAAGAUAUGAAAAAGAUGUGAGACCAGUUGCUUCUAGAACAGUUGUUAAAAUUGAAGCUCCUGAUGACGAGGUAACAAAUUGAAAAAAAUUGUCUCACUGUAUAUGCAUUCAUAAUUGAUUACGGCCUAUUUAUUUAUGACAUAACAAAACA